UGAAACGAAGUUUCCUAGUAGUAGCACACUACUGUGACAGCAUUUAGCUUUCAGAUGUUUCACUUUCUGUUUAACUGUUAACGCAAGGAAGGUUUCGGUAGUUAGCGGUCACCGACGAUUAUCCUCUUCGCUGCAAAGGACUGAAGAGCAACAUUCCCGCUAUGUUUGCGCCAAUAGGUUCCAAUUAGCCGGUUAUUAAAGCUGAUAGCUAACUGCUAACAGCUAGCAUUGCUAUCUAACGAUUUCGCCGGUACAGGCGGACCUCUUUGUCUGACAGGGGAAGGCGUGCUCUUUUGUUAGGCUUUUCCCUUUGUCCAUACGGGAAAGAGGAACCGUUGGGCCACUAUUUCGCAAUUAUCUGCAGAUUUGAAAGUAUUUAGAAAAUGCAAAUCGCGAAAAAAUACUUCACAGAAGGCCUGAUUCAGUUAACGAUCUUACUCAGUUUGAUUGGAGUUCGUGUGGAUAUCGACAGCUACUUAAGCGGAUACUAUACGCCUCUGAUAGAGAUUAACUUGGGUCCUAGCUCAGCCUACACCCAGACACCCUUUCAUAAUUUGAGAGACACUCUUGACGGAUACAGUGUGCACCCAAAAUGUCCCGAAUUGGACUAUUUCUUUGCAAGUCGCCGGCUACUUGACGAAGUGAGGAACCUCGGCUCACCGCGGUUCCCCACACAGUUGAACGCAUGGCUGGUGCACCAAGUGUCUGCUACUGACAGUGCUGACUGUGGGCCUUCAACCAGCAGCAACAAUGACACCAACACGGUGCUAGAAAGCAACGGGGACGAAGCAAGACAUGACAAUCAACACCUGUCUGACAGUGGCCAAGAGUUGUGCCAAACAACCACUGAUCGCGGACAUGGGCCUUGUAGAGCUGGAGCCAGUGGGUUUCUCAAAGAGGAGGAGGAUGCCACAGUUAAAGAGGAGGAAGAACCUGUCCCACUUACUCAGCUGGCUCACAGUUCCUCACUGGAACAAGAGAGUCUGCUUGAAGGCAUCACUGCACUGUCUGAUCCAGCACGCCAUCUUCCUCCUGCCAUUGAUAUUGACCAGCACUGGAGCAGUUUACUCUCUCUGUCUGUUACUGACCUUGACGACUUGGACUCCCUUGUCACUGAGCGUCUGCCAGACCUCAACACAGACAUCACCAGCGCCAUCAGCCAGGAUGUCAGUCUGCACGAUGCUAUGGUAACCAGUGCUGGAGUGUUUGAUGCAGUGUCUGAAAGAAUUGAGCCCAGGCCGGUCACCCAACAACAAAGACCCCUCUUCCGACUGGAAUCCACAGGCUCCUUACAGUCAAACGCAUCACCAGGGAUGGCAGUGGGCCUGGCUGCCCUCCCCUUUGCUUCAGUAUGUAAUUUAACUGGAGAUGUGUCAUCACAUAGUGCGCUGAGUGGCUGUCUAGAUGAGGCAGUGUUUGACCAGAUCAAUCAGCUUGGUUUGGAAGGCUUGGACACCCAACUGAUGGGUUCUCUGGAGAGCAUAGACCCACAGGUCCUUGGGGACUUGGACUCGGACUCUGGUCUCUCCUUGGAGAGCAGCUCUGGAGGUCCAGUCUCCCCAGACUCAUCCGAGAUGUCGUCGUCAUCCAGUUCAUACUGUGAGGAUGAGUGUGGAGCUACAGGCUACAGCAGUGAAGCGGAUUCAAUCCCCUCAAAAGGCAUCAUGGACUACAGCUCCAUGUGGUCACCUAUUGAUCUGAGUGAGAGUGUGUGGCAUGACCACAGCUACUCAUCUCCUGCUUCCUUCAACCAGCCAUCAGUGACAUUUCCUCACAAAGGUAUCAAAGAGGAGCCUCUCAGCGAUGAUGAUGAUGAUGGGCCAAAGUUUGAAGACAGGGAGCUGAGUCGUGAUGAGCUCCGUGCCCGUGCCAUGUGCAUCCCGUUCUCUGUCCUGCAGAUCGUCAACAUGCCUGUGGAGGAGUUCCUCGAGGUCCUCGACGGUCACGGCUUCUCCCCGGAACAGGUGACCCUCCUGAGGGACAUUCGCAGGCGGGGGAAGAACAAACUGGCAGCGCAAAACUGCCGGAAGCGCAAACUAGAUGCUAUCAUGGGUCUGCAGGAGGAAGUGGAGAGGCUGCAUGCUCAGAGAGAUAGACUACUGAGGGAGAAACAGCUUACAGCCAAGACAAUGGGUGCUGUUGGCCAGCAGAUAAGGCAGCUGACCAGAGAUGUCCUGGCCCGGCUGAGGGAUGAUACAGGACGGCCCCUGAACCCAGAAAGAUUCACCCUGCAGUGCGGGGCUAAUGGGAGGGUUGUGGUUCAGCGUGUAAGACGGCCUGCUGUCUCCACAUCAACAGGCAACAAAACAGACAAGAGAAAGAAGGAGAAAAAGCAAUAAUGCAGUAUUGCCAGCUGAGACUUGAGCUUUUAGGUUUUUGGAUAUUUCUGAACUUACUUGCCUGACUCUGGUUUUGGGAUCUCCUCUUUUGUAAAAGUGUGUGUGGAUUCACCGCUGUUGGGAGCCUAAAUUGGCAAAAGCUGCAAAAAAGAAAAGAAACUCAGAACACAGAUAAAUAAAUAAAAAAAAAAUCUCUGUAAAUAAAAUUUCUCAUGGGGGAAAUGUAGCUUACACACUGGACAUUUUGUUUUGCUUAUGGAGUUGGACAAGGCACCCACGGCAGUUCAAGGGAUCAGCUAAGCUGCUGGCGAAGCUACCGGUCUCUCCUUGUGCCUGUUAACAUUAAAGUAAUUGAGUCUUUCUGUUUUUACAAGCAAAAACAUGGACAACCAGGCAUGUCUUUAGUCAGCAUGGCCAGCAGUGCGACACUUGCUGGAAAGAGAUCUCGGAGGAGGAUUCUGUUUGUUUGUUUGUUUGUUUUCUUGUUGCCUCUCUGUGUAUACUUUCUCAGUAUAAGGAGGAGGUUAAAGAUUGUAUUUAUUAAAGUUUCUGAGGUGUCUGAAAUCCUUACAUGCAACAUGAGACUGUCGAGGACAGUAUCUUUUCUUCAUAACGGCAAGUUUAUCUCAAAGUGGUGAGAAUUAUGGGACAUAACCUAUCUAAAGUUUACAGGUUUGAUUCAGAUAUCUGAGGGCAUGUACU